UCCGUCCCCUUUUUAUUCUUUCACUCGUCACUGAAACUCCAGCUGAGCUCACAUCAGAAAGAGAGCCAAUGGCAUCCCCGACCUCUUCUCUAACCAAAUCCCCGUUUUGUCCCCACCGUCUCACCCAAUUCCCGCCUUUGCCGUUCCUCUCCUUCACUCACAGCCUCAAACCAAUCCCAACAAAGUCGAAGACCCUGACUUCCCUCAAAAGAGACGACUUCAGAACCGUAACCGUCAAAGCCCAGACCUUGGACUUCUCCGGUUCAUUCUUCGAGGGCGGGUUCGGUUCGGACGAUGACCCUCCUUCCCAACCCGGGUCCGGUAUAACCGCCUUGGAAGACAAAGAGGAACCUCAAUGCCCACCGGGGCUACGACAGUACGAGACAAUGGUGGUUUUGAGACCCGACAUGUCUGAAGACGAAAGGCUCGCUCUUACCCAAAAGUACGAGGAGCUUCUUGUCGCUGGGGGUGGCAUGUACGUGGAGGUAUUUAACAGAGGGGUCGUCCCACUAGCCUACAGCAUUAAGAAGAAAAAUAAAGCUGGGGAAACUAACACUUACUUGGAUGGCAUUUACCUCCUCUUUACCUACUUUACGAAACCGGAGUCUAUGGCAGCUCUUGAGGUGGCCCUGAAAACAGAUGAUGAUGUUAUUCGAUCAUCCAGCUUCAAGGUAAGAAAGAGGAAGUUUUAGUUUGGUAUGUAUGCUUUCUGUAUCUUUGAGAGGAAGAUGAUUAGGAAACAAAGAGCUCUAUCAACUUUGCGAUGUAAUUUGUUAAUGGAUCCUUUUUGUUCCUUGAAUAUUGGAGUUUGCUUUCUUUUUGUAAAAUUUUAUGGAUCAAUGACAACAGAAAGUAAAUAUGCAAAUUGCUAGACUGAGGUGUAAA